AUGGCCGCGCGACCACACCCGAUCUUUCCACGCGAGGCAGUCCAAAGUUGCCUUCCUGACCUUCUUGUAGCCCCCACCCAGCGCGAGCAAAUCCUCUGCAAUGCACGAUAUCAGCUUGUUGGCCCGCUGCAUCAAUGGUCGAACUUUGAGGCAAAUCUCGAGGCUAGCAUGCCCACACGAGCCAAGCUACAACAUGCCCAGAACACGAAAUCUUCGACGACUUGA